AUGACCGAAUCAUUUCAACAAUAUAUAAAAAUUCGUACGUUUUUGGGUUAUCGUCCAAAAGAAAUUCUUGUCGAACUACAAAAUGCAUUUGGCGAUGAAGCACCGAACUAUGCCAAUGUACAACGUUGGUCGAAGCGUUUUCGUGAUGCUAUGGAUACUCCAUUAGGAAGUCCACUUACUUCGCAAUUGAAUUUGGAAACACAAGAAACCCAAUCUGAUCGACAAUUAGACAGUUCCGAUCCCAAUGACGAUAAUGAUAAUAACAAUACAAACGCUUUAAACUCAAAUAAACAAAAAUAG